GUUUGGAAUUUCUGACACAUAGGAGGAAAAAGAGGUGGGGAUAACGAGAGAAGUUUGACGUGAAUGAAAACAAUCUUUCAUUUCCGAAUGGGAAGUAUGGACGUAACUACGGAAGUGAGGAUUUAAAUCGCGAGUGUGCAGACUGAGGCUUGCAUGUGCCAAUGCACUGGUUUCACAAUUUUGAGUUUUUGGAAGCCUGUAACAACUAGCAACGGCAAAUAUCUGUUUCAUAGUUUAUCCCCCCCCCGCACUCAAGGACGCGAUUCGCUGUGCAUGCCUGAAUCAUGCUGCUUGGAGGCUGAGUACAAGUGGGUCCUCUUGUUUGGAUGGACCUGAUGAACAGCGAUCUGUAUCCGUUCAGGGGAAGGAUAAAUAUUGUGUCGUGGCGGUCCUUUCUCGCUGCUGUCAGGUUCAAGAAGUGCUGCAGCUAGUUGUGCUGUAGUGGUACGUCUGGUUGCAGCGUUUUUGAGCGGGACCUGUACGCUAAACCAGUAAGGGGUAAUUUUCAUAUCAGCGAGAACUGCUUCAUGUUUAUACAGUACACACGAGGGUUCCAUGCCAAAGGUCUCCAAGUUACCCCUUGACAUUUGCGUUGGACGCGUGGGGAACAGAGUAUUUUGUCGCGUGUGUUAACGUUCCUGACCAGCGACUGGCCAGCCCGCUCAGCUGGUUACAUUUCAGCCCGAGCCAGCCUAAAUAUGCCAGUCAGGAAAAAAGAUGCGCAGCGGGCACUUUCACUCUUGGAGGAAUACCGGACAAAGCUCAGCAACACCGAAGACAGACAGCUGAGACAGUCGAUUCAGCGGGUUAUUGACAUCUUCCAGAGUAGCCUCUUUCAGGCGCUUAUAGAUAUCCAGGAAUUUUAUGAAGUGACCUUAUUGGAUAAUCAGAAAUGUGGGGAGCCAAUAAAAGUGGCAGACACAAACCCUCUGAACUUGUGGGAUUUCUCCAGUCUCCAAAGCACAACAGUGACGUCAGACACCCUCCCCAGCCUUAGCACCAGCAUAGAGGACUCCCCUCUCCUACAUGAAAUCCUACAUGUGCUCGCUAACUCCAAAACCUCCCCCUGCGUGCUGGACCAAAAGUACAGGCACCAUGAUGAGGACACCUCCCCUCAGGAGCAAAGUUCACCCCAGCUCACCGAUGAGGCCCCGGGCCCCGAGCUGGUACAGGUGGCUGAGAAGAACAUUUCACAGAUAGAGAAUGUCCAUGGUUAUGUUGCCCACGCACACAUCUCUCCAAUGAAGGUCGAGUCGCUGGAGUGCAUCUUCGAUGGGCCGCCCACUGCUGGGGCAGAUGAGGAUGCCCCUCCCCCUUCCUUCUCCUCCUUGAUCUCCCCAAGUUCUAUGACGGCCCAGCAGACAGAUGCUGUCCCACCCUCUGCUCCCAUAAUCCCUGUGAUCCCAAUCUCGCCUGUCCCUGUGGAGCCUGCUGUCAUCCCUCCACCAACGUCACAGGCAAAUCCGCCCCCUGUUGUGGUGAAUACGGACAGCAUAGAUUCUGCCCCAUACGUAAACGGUACAGAGGCAGACUACGAAUAUGAAGAAAUCACAUUGGAACGGGGUAAUUCAGGCCUGGGCUUCAGCAUUGCGGGGGGCACUGAUAACCCCCACGUUGGUGAGGACCCGAGCAUCUUCAUCACCAAAGUCAUCCCAGGGGGAGCAGCAGCACAGGAUGGACGACUUCGGGUAAAUGAUGUAAUUCUGCGGGUGAAUGAGGUGGACGUGAGAGACGUCACACACAGUAAGGCAGUGGAGGCGCUGAAGGAGGCGGGCUCGCUGGUGCGUCUCUACGUCAGGAGGAGAAAGUCCGUCUCCGAGAGGGUGGUGGAGAUUAAGCUGGUGAAAGGACCCAAAGGUCUUGGGUUCAGCAUAGCAGGAGGUGUAGGGAAUCAGCACAUCCCGGGGGACAACAGCAUCUAUGUCACCAAGAUCAUAGAGGGAGGAGCUGCACACAAGGAUGGCAGACUGCAGAUUGGAGACAAACUUUUGGCUGUGAACAGCACCUGUUUAGAGGAGGUGACACACGAGCAUGCCGUGACUGCCUUGAAAAACACUCCAGACGUGGUCUACUUGAAAGUAGCAAAACCCAAUAGUGUCUUCAUGAACGAUAGCUUUGCCCCACCGGAUAUCACAAACUCCUACUCCCAACAUAUGGAGAACCAUAUCAGCCCCCCCAGCUUCCUGAGCCAGCCGGUGCCCCCCAUCCCUACAGGACGUUACUCACCCACCCCUAAGACCACGCUAGGAGACGAUGACAUCACCAGGGAGCCCAGGAAGGUUGUUCUACACCGUGGUUCUACAGGCCUUGGCUUCAACAUUGUGGGUGGAGAGGACGGAGAGGGAAUCUUCAUCUCUUUCAUCCUGGCAGGAGGCCCUGCAGACCUGUGUGGGGAGCUGAGGAAAGGAGACCGUCUAGUGUCUGUGAAUGGAAUAGAUCUACGCAAUGCUACUCAUGAGCAAGCCGCUGCAGCUCUGAAAAACGCCGGCCAAACUGUAACUAUUGUAGCCCACUACAGACCAGAGGAGUACAGUCGUUUUGAGGCUAAGAUCCAUGACCUGCGGGAGCAGAUGAUGAACAGCAGUAUCAGCUCUGGUUCAGGUUCUCUGAGGACCAGUAAGAAGAGAUCUCUAUAUGUCAGGGCUCUGUUUGACUAUGAUAAGACCAAGGACUCUGGGCUGCCCAGUCAAGGCCUGAACUUUAAAUUCGGGGACAUCCUGCAUGUGGUGAAUGCCUCCGAUGAUGAAUGGUGGCAAGCGCGACAGGUCACCCCUGAGGGGGAGGCCGAGGAGCUUGGAGUCAUCCCCAGCAAGAGGAGAGUGGAGAAGAAAGAAAGAGCCAGAUUAAAAACAGUCAAAUUCAACCCCAAAUCACGAGACAAAGGGUCCCUCAAUGACAAGCGUAAAAAGAACCUCUUUUCCCGAAAGUUCCCUUUCUACAAGCAGAAGGAGACGAGCGAGCAGGAAACGAGCGAUGCGGAGCAACAUGUCACAUCUAAUGCCAGCGAUAGUGAAAGUAGUUACCGUGGACAGGAGGACUACGUACUGUCCUAUGAGCCAGUCUGCCGACAGGAAGUGAGCUACACACGGCCAGUAAUCAUCCUGGGGCCCAUGAAAGACCGGAUAAAUGAUGACCUAAUAUCAGAGUUCCCUGAUAAAUUUGGCUCCUGUGUUCCCCACACCACCAGGCCCAAGCGGGACUAUGAGGUGGACGGCAGAGACUAUCACUUUGUGAUUUCCAGAGAGCAGAUGGAGAGAGACAUCCAGGAGCACAGAUUCAUUGAAGCUGGCCAGUACAAUAACCACCUGUACGGGACCAGCGUGCAGUCAGUGCGGGAGGUGGCCCAGAAGGGCAAACACUGCAUAUUAGACGUGUCAGGCAACGCCAUCAAAAGACUACAGGUGGCAGCACUCUACCCUAUCGCUAUCUUCAUCAAACCCAAAUCAGUGGAGAACAUCAUGGAGAUGAACAAAAGAUUGACAGAGGAACAGGGCAGGAAGAUCUACGACAGAGCCACAAAGCUGGAACAGGACUUUACAGAGCAUUUCACAGCGAUCAUUCAGGGGGACACGCUGGAGGAGAUCUACGAUCAAGUGAAACAGAUCAUCGAAGAGCAGUCUGGGCCAUACAUAUGGGUGCAGUCCAAGGAAAAACUCUGAGUCAACCCCAAACUCUUCCCUCCCUGCCUCUCUCUGUCUGUUUUAAUUUAUUACCUCUUUUUUGUUUUUGUUUCUUUUGUUUUUGUUUUGUUUUUUUUAAUACAAGCUGGGGUGCUGUGUUUGGCAGCAUCCUCUUGACCACCUGACCCUUGGAUCUUCCCAGACUUAUGGAGUUGACUUUAGUCCCCUUUCCCCACCUCCUAUAGUCUUCAGCUCAGUGCUCUCACCCAAUCAGUAAGACCUCAGUGUUCCUGCCGGGUGCACGACAUCUUCUCUUCUAAUAAUCACUGCUUCCAGAGAGAGAAAGAGAUAGAGCAUGAGUGCGUGUGUGAGAGAGAGAGAGUGAGAGUGAGAGUGAGUGAGAGACAGAGGGAGAAAGAGUGAGUGAGACAGAGUGAGAGAGAGAGACAGAGAGAGGUUGAGAGGAUCUGCCAGAACAGACCAGCAUUUGCACCAGGGCUUUUUAAACGGCACAGUUCCUUAAUGUUUAAGGGAGGAAACUUUCUAAAAGAAUAAUAAUAAUGAUAAUAAUAUUAACACUAACAAAAAAAAAAGGUUCAGCUGGAUUUUAUUAAACCUGUCCCAUUUCAGCUUUUGUCCAAGACAGUAGAGAAGAGGUCAAGUCUCAGGCAUUUGGUGCAAAACUAGCAAGAAACAUGAAAUAACUUUGCACGUUGUAGCUUUACGAGCAUGUCUUCUUCAACUUUUCUUUCUUGUCAGCCCCCCCCCCCCCCC